GGCUUUAUGAGAGUAGAUUCCAGAGAUAUUGCUAUUCUUUGCUCUCGUAAAAUUGAAGUUUGCAAGAAAAUAUUCAUGAAUAUCAAAAGUCAAUGUUCUAUCCAGAGAGACAUUCCAUGGAUUUCUAAAGUAGAAGAAGCCAAUAAAGCUACCAAAAUUAUUUUGGUUUGUUUGAAAAUUUCACGCUUAUCAGAUGACAUAGCAGACGCAGCCAAAACUGCUGGCUUUUCAGCUGAUCAGAAGUUUUUCCUUGUCAUAAUACAUACCACAGAGCCUGGUGUUGAUCCAGACAUUUCAGUUCCAAUGCAAGAUGAAAGAAUAUUAGAUGUUGCCAACAUACUAUACAGUGAAAAUGUUGGAUGUUAUGACUGUCAGCAGAACAAUGUUGCAAAGUCAAAAAUCAGUUCUUGGUUUACAGAAACCAAGUAACCAUUAUAACUUUUAGUACUGACGCUUAUAUAGAAGAACUAUUCGAUGAAUUAUUUUGAAAACAUAUGAAAAUUGUUUUGCUUACUUUUAUUAAGGUCAAGAAUUAUUAUGCUUGUGUACAUGGAUUACAAAA